CACCAGAAUUGUCUUUGUUCAGAGCUACAUCUUAUCGAUUAAUGUCAAAAUCUAUUUCAUCUUCUAGAAAACUUUUGUUUAAAGAUGAAAUUGCUGCUGUUAAUAAAAUAUCUGCAUUAAAUAUUAACAACAAAUAA